AUGGAGAUGAAAAGAAAUACUUUCCGCAACACUGCAUUCUUAGGACGAUUACCGUAUAGAGUUUGGCUUCUAAUCAAGCCUACCGAUGUGAUAACAUACGUCUGUCUUUGUUGUUAUCAAUUUUUAAUUAUACCCAGCAUCGUCUUUGUUUACGUUGGUACCGACUGUCUUUUUAUUAGUUUAGUACUUCAUGUAAGUGGAUUGUUUUCUGCUCUCUCUUGCAAGGUUARACAUGUAUUGGAUGAUCCGAAAGAUCGACAACGUCGCAUGAAAAAUCUAAUUGUUAGACAUGUUCGAUUAAUUAGAUUAUCAGAAUCUCUAGAAGACGAAUUUAAUUUAGUGAUUUUGCAACAAUUAGUAGGAAAUACUUUUCAACUCUGUCUUUUGGGAUAUGACACUCUUGCAAGCUCUAUUCUGGGUGAUGCUUUUUAUCAUUGCAAUUGGUACGACAUCACAAGAACGGAAAAACAAUUGAUGCACAUUUGUAUGAUGCGUUCAACAAAAUUUAUGCGACUGACGUCAGGAAAAUUUUGUACCUUAUCACUGAAUACCUUUACAGAUGUUUUAAAAACUUCAAUGGCAUAUUUUUCGGUACUACGAACAUUCGCUUAA